AUGGCGACUGAUGGCUCUGACCCAAUUCCUCCUCACAAGACGUUCGACACCAUCCUCGUCCUCGACUUCGGCUCCCAGUACACGCAUUUGAUCACUCGUCGGCUGCGCGAACUCAACGUCUACUCGGAAAUGUUGCCAUGUACGACAAAGAUUGCUGAGCUGCCCUUCACACCCAAGGGCAUCAUUCUCUCGGGUGGCCCCUACUCAGUCUACGAGAAAGAUGCGCCACACGUCGACCACGCCGUCUUUGAUCUCGGCGUACCGAUUCUAGGCAUAUGCUACGGUCUUCAGGAGAUGGCCUGGCACUUUGGAAAGAAUGCCGGUGUAGCUGCGGGCGAGAAGCGCGAGUACGGUCACGCAAACCUGAAGGUUGAGAGCCACGGCGGACACAUGGACCAGCUGUUCAAGGACGUCGGAAAGGAUAUGGAAGUGUGGAUGAGUCACGGUGACAAAUUGAGCAAGAUGCCAGAGGACUUCACGACGAUUGCGACGACGACAAAUGCGCCGUAUGCGGGCAUCGCGCACAAGACGAACAAGUACUACGGCAUCCAGUUCCACCCGGAGGUCACACACACACGAAAUGGAAAGAUCAUCCUCAAGAACUUCGCCGUCGAUAUCUGCCAGGCGACCACCGACUGGACCAUGGGCAAGUUCGUUGACCAGGAGAUUGCGCGCAUCAGGAAGUUGGUCGGAGAUAAGGGCCAGGUCAUUGGCGCAGUCAGCGGCGGUGUUGAUUCUACUGUUGCCGCCAAACUGAUGAAGGAGGCCAUUGGCGAUCGCUUCCAUGCCGUCAUGGUAGACAACGGUGUUCUUCGUCUCAAUGAAGCCGUCCAAGUCAAGAAGACACUCGACGAAGGCCUAGGCAUCAAUCUCACCGUCAUCGACGCUUCGGAUCUUUUCCUCGACCGCCUCGCCGGCAUUACCGACAACCCCGAGCAAAAGCGCAAGGUCAUUGGCAACACCUUCAUCGAAGUCUUCCAAGAGCAAGCCAAGAAGAUUGCUGCAGCGGCUGCUUCCUCGUCCAAGGCUGGUGAAAUCGAAUGGCUGCUCCAGGGCACCCUCUACCCCGAUGUCAUCGAAUCCCUCUCCUUCAAGGGCCCCUCCCAAACCAUCAAAACCCACCACAAUGUCGGCGGUUUACCCGCAAACAUGAAUCUCAAGCUUAUUGAACCCCUCCGCGAACUCUUCAAAGACGAAGUUCGAGAAUUGGGCGUGGAACUUGGUAUCCCAGAGGAUCUCGUGUGGCGCCACCCCUUUCCCGGCCCAGGCAUCGCCAUUCGCAUCCUCGGCGAAGUCACACGCGAACAGGUGCGCAUUGCGCGUGAAGCAGACUUCAUCUUCAUCGAAGAGAUCCGUAAAGCGGGUUUGUAUCGCAGCAUCAGCCAGGCGUUUGCAGCGCUCUUGCCUGUCAAGGCAGUGGGCGUCAUGGGUGACAAGCGUGUGCACGAUCAGGUGAUUGCGCUGAGGGCGGUGGAAACGAGUGAUUUCAUGACUGCGGAUUGGUAUCCGUUUGACGGCGAGUUUUUGAAGCGGGUCAGCAGGAGGAUCGUGAAUGAAGUGGAUGGCGUCUGCAGGGUGGUUUAUGAUAUUACGAGUAAGCCGCCCGGUACUAUUGAGAUGGAGUAG